UUGUCUGCUUGGGAGAUGGCCCAGGAAAAACCAGGGCCUGGGACAGUGGUGGUGCUGGUGACCAUGGUCAAAGCAGCUGCUAAGACACUAUUCUUGCUGCUCUGCCUCAUCGUCUUUGUGAACCAAACACCCUCCUUGUCAGCCAUGCUGCCACGGCUGCUGGCCCUGCUGUGGGCAGGGUCCCUGGCUCAAAAUGGAAGAUACACAGUGAUCGUACAGGAGCUGGUGACAGUGCAGGAGGGCCUGUGUGUCUCUGUGCCCUGCUCCUUCAUCUACCCGGGGAGCAAUCGGCAUCACGGCAUUCCUGCUUAUGGCUACUGGUUCCGGGAAGGGACUAAUGAAUUACAAGGUCCACCCGUGGCCACAAACAACCAAGAUCGAGAAGUGCAGGAGGAGAUGCAGGGACGAUUCCAGCUCCAGGGGCAUCCCAGGAACCACGACUGCUCCCUGGACAUCAGAGAUGCACAGAGAAGAGACACAGGAAGAUACUUCUUUAGGGUGGACAGAGGGUCCUAUGGCAAAUAUAGUUACAAAUGGAACCAGCUCACUGUGCUUGUGACAGCCCUCAAUAACACACCUGACAUCCUCAUCCCGGGGACCCUGGAGUCUGGCCGCCCCAUGAACCUGACCUGCUCUGUGCCCUGGGCCUGUGAGCGGGGCACGCCCCCCCUCUUCUCCUGGAUGUCAGCUGCUCACACUUCCCUGGGCCCCAGGACCCACCUGUCCUCUGUGCUCACCCUCACCCCACGGCCCCAGGACCAUGGGACCAACCUCACCUGUCAGGUGCAGUUUCCUGCAGCAGGUGUGACUGUGGAGACAACCAUCCAACUCAACGUCACCUGUGCCCCCCAGAACCCAGCAUUUGGUCCCUGCCGAGGAGAUGGCCCAGGGAAACCAGAGACCAGGGCAGGUGUGGUUCGUGGGGCCGUCGGGGGAGCCAGUGUCACUGCCCUGCUGGCUGGCUGCCUCUGCACCACCUACUUCCUAGUGAAGAGGACCCAGAAAAAGAAAGCAGCCAGGCCAGCAGGGGACAAGGACGACCCCUACACUGACAUGGCACCAGCUUCCAUGGGACACCAGAUGAAGCCCAUGUUAGACAGCCCUGCUGACCCCACACACUCUACAGAAGACAGCCUGACCUUGGGAACAGAGACAGAGAUGUAUUACGCCUCCAUCAGCUUUCAAAUGAAUCCUCCUCCAAAGGGAACCCACACAGCAUACACAGAGAUGAGGACCUAGUCAAAAGCCAGCAUGUCCAUGUGGGAAAGCUCAUUCUUGGAGACUGAACGUUUCCAUGGGCAGGAAGCACAUAAACUACUGUACGUGCAUUUCCUGCGAUGUCAAAACUGUGUUAGGUGUUGCAAUCAGAGGGACCUGGGAUCAAGUUCAUGCUCUUCCAUUAACUAUCAAUAUGACAGCUGGUCAGCCAUCUUACUCCUUCAUGUCGCCAUUCCCUGCUAUGUGAUUAGGUGUAAGAAGUUCCACCUCACAGGGUUGCUUGAGGAUUGAAUAAAAGUCCAUAUGCAGAACACCCA